AUGUCAGCAGAGCAGACCAUGACCCUACUUCAAGGUCUCAAGAUGUAUCCUCAUGCUGUAGCCUGGUUAAUCCUGAUAUCCUCAGCUAUUAUCAUGGAAGGCUUUGAUAAGGUCCUUAUUACCAAUCUCUUUGUGAAUACAGCCUUUAAAGAAAAGUACGGCGAUCAGCAACCGGAUGGGUCCUACGAGAUAACUGCAAACUGGCAAACCGCUCUUUCAAUUGCCUCUAUGGCAGGCGAGGUCGUUGGCCUUACUAUUAACGGUAUUGUUGCUGAGCGUUUCGGCUACCGGAAGACUAUCAUCGCUGCCAUGUUCCUUGUUAUUGCCUUUAUCUUUAUCGUCUUCUUUGCCGAAACCCUACCUUAUCUCCUUGCUGGUCAGAUCUUGCUCGGAUUUCCCUGGGGUGUUUUCCAGACUAUCACUGUUGUCUAUGCUGCAGAGUUUAUUGCCUCGGGUGUAUUACGUGGCCUAGCUACUCGUACUGAUCAGUGGAGCUAUAAGGUCCCCUUCGCCCUGCAGUGGAUAUGGCCUGUCCCUAUUAUAGUUGGUGUCUACUUUGCGCCCGAGUCGCCCUGGUGGCUCAUCCGCACCGGUCGCCACGACGAGGCUAGAAAGGCACUGCUCCGUCUGACUUCAGAGACCGGUGGCGGUAACACAGAGGUUGAUCUCGACGCUACUAUGUCCAUGAUGGAGCAAAACAAUGCUAUGGAGAAGGUACUGACUGCGGGUACAUCGUACACGGACUGCUUUAAGGGUACCAACUUGCGCCGUACCGAGAUUGUAUGUGUCACAUGGUUCGCACAGAUCUUCUCAGGAGUUGCUUUCAUGUCGUACUCUAUAUACUUUUAUCUACAAGCUGGACUUGCGGUUGAGUAUAGCUUUACCAUGACUCUGGUGCAAUACGGUCUUGGUGGUAUUGGCACAAUGCUCUUAUGGGUGCUCAUGAUGUACUUCGGACGACGCAGACUGUACCUCUCAGGUAUUAUGGGCAUGUUUACCCUCCUCGUGAUUAUUGGUAGCGUGGGUGCCACUAUUGAUACUAAGAGAUACAAGACUGCAAGCUGGGCCGUCGGAAGCAUGCUUCUCUUGCUUACCAUGGUCUACGAUAUGACAGUUGGUCCUGUAUGCUACUCUCUCGUAUCUGAGCUGGCGUUUACCCGACUUCGGUCUAAGACUAUCGUUUUAGCUCGUUCUACUUAUAAUGUGGGCAAUAUCAUUGUGAGCAUUAUCACGCCCCGUAUGCUUGACUCUACGGCCUGGGACUGGGGCGCUAAGGGGGCUUUUUUCUGGGCUGGAUUCGGUGUUCUGUGUAUGACUUGGGCGUACUUCCGUUUGCCAGAGCCUAAGGGUAGAACGUAUGGUGAGCUAGAUGUGCUGUUCGAGAGGCGGGUAUCGGCGAGGAAGUUUGCUACCACUGUUAUUGAUCCCGUUGCGGAGGCGGAGCAGAUUAUUAAGGGGGAUAAUAAGAUGGCAUCUAUUUCGUAG